AGGCGAACGUGUUCUGUAUCGUGAAUGUUAUCAAUGGAAGAUGGCGACCCGAGUCCUUCAGAGAUUUGGCAAUGGCCUGAAUCAGGCUAAAAACACGGCACAGUCGAGAGGACAGAUCGUCCUUUUAAGCAGGGGGUUAUCUGCGUCAAAUCAUAGGAAUCGGGAAGACAGCUGGUUCAAGUCACUAUUUGUGCGUAAAGUUGAUCCCAGAAAGGAUGCACACUCACACUUGCUUACCAAGAAUGAGGAAAGCAACCUUUACAAGAUCCAGUUCCAUAACGUGAAACCAGAGUGUCUGGAUGCCUACAACCAGCUUUGUGAAGAGACCUUGCCUUCCAUCCAUAAUGAUAAGUACUAUCCCUGUGAGCUGGUGGGCACCUGGAAUACCUGGUAUGGAGAGCAAGACCAAGCCGUCCAUAUGUGGCGGUAUAGAGGAGGGUACCCAGCUCUGACUGAGGUUAUGAGCAAACUCAGGCAAAACGAGGAGUUCAUGAAGUACCGGGAAGAAAGAGGAAAGAUGCUAUUGUCUCGUAGAAACCAGCUGCUCCUGGAGUUCAGUUUCUGGAAUGAGCCUAUACCCAGGCCAGGACCCAAUAUUUAUGAACUCAGGUCCUACCAGCUCAGACCUGGCACCAUGAUCGAGUGGGGUAAUUACUGGGCCAGAGCGAUUGGCUACCGCCAGCACAACAGUGAGGCUGUGGGAGGCUUCUUCUCCCAGAUUGGGAACCUGUACAUGGUGCACCAUCUAUGGGCUUACAAAGACCUUGAGGCCAGAGAGGCCACAAGGAAUGCAGCUUGGCAACAUGAGGGUUGGGAUGAAGUUGUGUAUUAUACAGUUCCACUAAUUCAGCACAUGGACUCCAGAAUCAUGAUCCCAAUGAAGGCUUCCCCGCUGCAGUAACAUAUGAGAGACCACACAAGGAUGGACAUCAAACCUCACCCGUUUUAAAUGUAACCAACUGUCAAAUGUCACUGCCGUGGUCUCAACCUCUUGUUAAUGUUGCCAACCAAACCUCUUAUUUGAUUUGACUUUUAUUUUAGGCAAUUCUGACUUUGCAGCAGCAAACAAUAUUUUGUACUCAAAAAGCAUCACUGAAACACUGGAGGUUGAAAUGUCAUUAUAUGCCAUCUUUGUUUGUGGGCUGAAAUAUUUUCGGAUUGGAGGAACUUUAAGGCACAAGCUCACAACCAAUCAUUUGUUCUUAAGAUAUACAGUACACUCCACAAGUAAUGGUACAGUAAAGUAGAAACAAAUAUUUUUGCUGUAUACUCAAGACAUAUGAAAAUAGGAUUAACAGAUGAUAAUGAGGCUGAAUGUUUCAACACUUUUUUACCAACUAUGAAGUGCUGUUAUUCUUAAGUUGGUAAAACGUGGAACAGCCAUUUUCAUAUGCCUUGAGUGUACAGAAAUAGCAAUUGUGACUACUGUCCCAAUUCUUAUGGAGGGCACUAAACAAAUAUACUUAGGGAGAAAAUAUUUUUCAAACCUCUUAGGUGGGUUAUGUCCAACGUGCUGGGUCAUUAACACUGGUCACAUUGCCACAGCUGAUUAGCAUAUUUUAAGAAGCAACCAAAGUGCUUUUUUGAAACAGAUCUAGUCCAGCAGUGCCUCGGUUUGCACUGAAUAAUGAUUGAACUGAUACAUUGAAUAACUACGCACAGCAUAACAAAAAAAAACAUUAUAGAUAUGUGAUGUAUUGUUUAUGUAUGUAUUUAUUUUAUUUAAUGUAAAUGUUGAAUAAAUAUAUCACAUUGUUACAUUGCAAAGUGGCACUUUUGGAAAAGCUGUUUCUGACUCAAUUGGAGUGCUAGAACGACGGUCGAAAUGGCAUUGUUACUGAUUGUUGUCUGUGGAGAGAAUAUCUGCCGAAUGGUCAAUGAUGAAGUGAUAGUAACGGGUGUGAACAUUACUUUGAGAGCUGGGAUGUAUACAGAGUUAAUGCCCAGGUAGCUGGGAUGUAUACAGAGUUAAUGCCCAGGUAUAUUUGAACCCCACAUUUCUUGUGAAUAUUUUUAAAGUACUUGUAUUGAUUACAAUUAUGGGCAUUCUCUUCAUAUUGCUUUCUUAUCUUCAAUAAGCUUGAUGUGCUUUUAUUUGUUUAGUGGCCAUGGCUUGUUUCACCCUCCUGGAGAACAUACCGCAUGUCUGUUUAAGACAUGUUAUCAGAUUUAACAUGUUUACAGUUGUGCAUAAUUAAAUACUGUAUUGUGUUAAACCACUUGUCUAAUUAAAAAUGUAUCAUAUAACAUUUCUGUGCCCAGGUACAACGAUUGUAUUUGCUGAAAUUAAAAUCUGUAAUUGUGGAUUCAUGCCACUGAUCGUU